GAUGAGCGUCUAGGGCAGUCAAUAUAGAACCAACGUCUCAAUCUCCAGUGGGUCCGCGAGCGAGCCAGAAUCUCUAGACAUUAAUUCUCUAUUAAAUAUUGAGGCUAGAGUGGAAGUCAUUUAGCUAGAUAGUUUGCCUUAGUAAUCGUCGAACCGUUUGCUGAUGAGAGUGUAGCAUAUAGCCUUAAGCUUUUUACCGUUACGUCAGCUAGCUUAUGUUGCAUUUCGUUGCUAAUUUAAAUACUCUAGGCGGAGAAACAGGACAGUUUUUUAUUCGCAUGCUACAUUAGCUUUACUGAGUUUUGACAGGAUCUUCAUUCUUUUGGAUUUAUACUACCUGACAACAUAGACAUACCAACAUAGACUUAGCUGGACGAUUAGCGAAAUUAUAACUAUCUGUUAAUAGCUAACUUUGAUUACGCUGAUUGUGAAAUAAAUUGACGCUAGGUAGUUAGCUAACCCAAAUAGUUACAGUUUAGGCUAGCCAGUUGCUGGUUGUUUACCGGUUCCAUCUGAAUUUUCAGCAGGCUGACAACUUCAGUUUUGUAUCUUGAGCAUAUUCUUGUAUUAAUAUUUCAUUCAGUUCAAAACUUGAAUCGGACUUAUUACUCCAUCCUAUCUCUUUGGAGAAAUGUCUACCGUCUCUGUCUCCCAAAACGACAAGGACGACGAAAAGGGAAAGUCGGAUUUAACGUUACCGGAGAAGAACACCGGCGAGGCGGCGUUACCUGGACAACGAGCGCCUCACGAGCAGCCACAGACAGUCUUUGUCAUUCUUGAUUCAACAGCUGAAUCUGUCAAUCUCAUAAGUGUGGAGCCAUUGCUGCCAGAGUCAGGCAUAGUUGCUGACAUUGAAGUUGACGGCAUCCUAGCGUCUGACUCUGACACUUUCUAUCAGCUCAAGAGUCAACCCAUCUCUGUAAGUGCUUCUCUGACCCCCGCUGAUCCCGCGCCCUCUGUCGGCUCAGUCAUGACGUCACGCGUGCUGAUGAGGCAGGAGCUGAUGAGGCAGCAGGCCCAGGACCAGGAGAGGAGGGAGGCCCAGCAGCAGGCCUCCAGCGCGCAGCUCCGCUCCGCUGACUCCUCCCCUGCCAUCUCCGUCGCCUCCAGCCUGCCCUCAGCCAGACCUGCCCCGGCGCAGGUGCCGGUGGAGGUGCUGAAGGUACAGACCCACCUGGAGAAUCCAACCAAAUAUCACAUCCAACAAGCCCAGAGACAACAAGUCAAACAGUAUCUCUCUCACACACUGGGAAGCAAGGUGGCCAAUCAGACGCUUGCAGUGUCCUCUUCACCUCAGUCUGGCUCCGCCCCCGAACUGGCACAUGUCAGCAGCACACCUAGCAGCCCAUUGGCUGUGCUCAGUCUUGGCUCCAACAAAGAGGAGAUUGAAGAUGUCAUCGAUGACAUCAUCAGCUUGGAGUCCAGCUUGAAUGACGAGUCCAUGACGUUGCUCGAUUACGGGCUGCAGAUGCCCAACACGCUGCCUGUCUCAGGAAAUCUCCUGGAUGUAUACAGCAGCCCUGGGAUGGCAGCUCCUACUAUCACUGUCAGCAAUUCCUGCCCUGCCAACCUGCACAAUGUCAAGAGGGAGCUGAGUGAUGCAGAGGCAAAAGCUCUCAUGAAAGAACGGCAGAAGAAGGACAACCAUAACCUCAUCGAAAGAAGAAGAAGGUUUAACAUCAAUGACCGUAUCAAGGAACUGGGAGCACUCGUUCCAAAAUCAAACGACCCGGAGAUGCGCUGGAACAAGGGCACCAUCCUCAAGGCCUCCGUCGACUACAUCCGCAAACUGCAGAAAGAGCAGCAGAGAGCCAAGGAGAUGGAGACUCGACAGAAGAAGCUGGAACACGCUAAUCGCAGCUUGCUCCUGCGGAUUCAGGAGCUGGAAAUGCAGGCCCGUCUCCACGGCAUCCAGUCUUCCCGAAACGCCGAGAUGCCCUUGACCCAACAGCAGCAGCAUCAGCAUCAGCAGCAGCAGCAGCAGCACCAACAGAUGACUCUGGAUCCCGGCGCGGACGACGGCCUCUCCAAAACCCUGCUCACCCUGGGCGGGGCUGACCUCAACCACAGCGCCGCCUCCACUUUCCUGUCGCCGCCCGCCUCCACCUCCCCGGUGGCGGUGGCCAUGAGCAGCCCGCUGGACCUGGGCUCCCUCAGCUUCGGCGAGCUGGACGACCCCUCCUCCUCCGUCUUCAACCCGGGCCUGAUGGGGGACAUGGGCCUCGGGGACAUUUUAAUGGACGAGGACGGGGCCCUGUCGCCCGUGGGCGGAGCCGACCCCCUGCUCUCCUCCGUUUCCCCGGGAGCCUCCAAAACCAGUAGUCGCAGGAGCAGCUUUAGCAUGGAGGAGGACUUGUGACGGCGUUCCCGCGGCAGAAGGCCUCCGCGUAUCCCGUGAGACUCUACGCUGAGGUAGAGCCAGCGCAAAGCUCAUCACAUCCACUCUUGAACACAGGCCUUGUUUCACAGGCCAGAGGAGAGCAGGAACUGCACAGUUAUUCCUUCAGCCAUUUGACGAGCCCUUUUAUACACAAUCCACAAAAAAAACUCAAAAUAUCGCAAGACUGAUUUAACACGUCUCUAGUGAAAACAGUGCUUACCUUUGAUAGAGAGAUCGUUUAGAAGGACCAACGGAACGUAGUGUAAUUUUGAGUUACUGCAGGUAGAUUGAAACCACCGUAGCAGUGGACAGCUGUAUUUUCUUUUUAAAAAGUGUAAUUACGGUAGAAAGCACUCUUAAUUAUUGUAUAUGCAGAAUGGCUUUAGACAUGCUGAUGUCUCAUCUUUGUUUAAGCAAAACAAAGACAAUCCAGAGAAGACUACAUGUUCUUAUAGCUAGACAUAGAGUUUGUUUUUUG